UCCAAACCUCUUAUUUGUCUCCAUAAAAAAUCCAAUCCCAUCCCACCGCCACUCUCUCUCUCUCUCUCCCCUCUACUCAUCAAAUCAAAGCCCCCAUAAUCAUCAUGCGACGCCACCGCCGGCGACCGUCGUCGGAGUUCGGAUCGGACUCAGAGGCCGACGAGGCGGCGGGGACGAUGAAGUGCGUGUCUUGCCGAGACGAGUACGAGCCACGUGACGCCGGCACUUGCAGGGAGUGCUAUGAGGAAGCCAGCGAGACCGAGGAAGAGCUGAAGCGCGAGAUUGAAGAUCUCAAAUCCAAAGUGUCCUUCCUCAGAUUCUGGACUCCCUUCGAUCACUAUCACCAUCGCUCUACCCCUUGCUUCUCCGACAUCGUUUUAGUCGCUUCCGAUGACGAUUCCGGUAAACCCGCGUCUAACCCUGUUCCCGUCUCUGCCCAUAAGGCCGUUCUAGCCAGCCGUUCCCCAGUUUUCCGAGCCAUGCUUGAAAAUGAGAUGGAGGAAAGCCUGAGUGGUACCAUCAAGAUAAGCGACGUCUCAUACGAUGCUCUUCGCGCCUUUGUCAACUACUUGUACACUGCCGAAGCGUGCCUUGACGAGCAAAUGGCCUGUGACCUUCUAGUCUUGGCCGAAAAAUAUCAAGUGAAACAUCUCAAGACAUAUUGUGAGAAGUUCAUGGUGUCAAAGUUGAACUGGGAAAGCGCACUUGUGAAUUACGCCUUUGCUCAUCAACACAAUGCCAAGAACUUGCUUGAUGCAGCCUUAUCGUUGAUCAUGGACAACAUGGAUAAGCUUAGUAAGAGAGAGGAGUAUAUGGAACUCGUGGAGAAGGAUCCGCGGAUUGUUGUAGAAAUCUACGAAGCGUAUUUAUCUAAACAGGUAAAUACUGCUGCACAUAAAGAUUCGCCAUCAAAGUCAUAGGGUAAGUAAGUACAAUUGUGGUUUGUUUGGGUAUGGAAAGCUGAUGCAUAAUUAUUUUCCAGUUUUGGUUUCAAUUUGUUCACUGGAUUUGAUUGUCACUUGUUUUGUGUUCAUAGUCUGGUGGAAGGAAACUGGAUGUAAAUGAAUUUACAGGGUCAGAUGACUUAUUUUUUUGGUAAUUUUGUUAUUGAAAACUGUGUGAUUCAUUCUCAUCUGCCAUCAGUUUAUAUUAAAAUACAUCCAAA